AUUUACAGGUGAAAACUGGAAAAUGUUUAAUAUCAGAUUGCAUCGAGAAGAGACAAAAUUAAUUUCAAUUGAGAUUGAGUAGGAUUCCUGUUAACCCUAAAGAUCAUGCCAGGUAGCAGUUAUCACUUGACAUCCUAUUUCACAGAAUUUCAUCAAAUAUUGAAUGAACGUCCAGCGUCUUGAAAAAUAGACUAACUUGGAAACAUUUUGACAAUUUUUCAUUUAUUUCUCGCUCUCUUCGUUCUUCCCUCACUUUCGUUCACUGGAAGACCCAGAAGUUGGUAGUCUGAUAAACUUGAAUAUCUUUGGUCAACAAGGGCCUAGUUAUUGAUAACAACGUCUCCCAGACAUCAGAAGCAAAUUGCUGUCUAUUGAGAUUAAAGUUUUAUAACCAUGAGGAAUCGAAUACAAAGUCAUUAGAGGCAAGGUCGACGAUACUCGAAUUACUUAAUGAAAGUAGCUGGAAAAGUCAGCUGAUCAAUUUUCGAAGACCAAAGCACAGAAAUUUGAAGACAGACAAUUUCUAUAGGUUUCAAUAAGGAGAAUGAAUGGAUGGGACUCUGGAGAAGGAUCUAUGUCAAAUUCCGUUAGGGAUUUAGAAAUGGAUAUCUUACAACAUUUACAAUGUUGGCAGCCCCCCUUUGUGUGGACCAGCCUGGAAAACAGCGCCGGGACAAAAGUUAUCGAUGUGGCGAGAACAUUAGGAAAGUCAGCCGUUUCCGUUAACAAGCAACGAGAAACUACAGAAAAUCCUGAACCUUCUACGUCAUCAGAUUCAAGAGUGUUACUCAAAUUACAAGACGUUUCCGAUUCCGAUAUUAUUAACAACAAAGACAUUCUAAUGCAGAAAUUUUCCAGCCUGGAGAAAUUGGCCAACGACGAAGAUGACAAUUUGUCAUCCGCGCCGGAAGAAACCCAAAACGAAAGACCCAGACGAAUACUCGUGGGCUGGGAUUCGUUUCGAACUAAAACCAUGAUACUUCUUUUGAUUCUUUUCCUACUGUGGGCAGCCAUUUAUUUUCCUCUUAUCAGCACGUGAUUGUCAAUUUGUUUUCUGAUUACGAUUGAAAAGUACUUUCGCAGUGCUUUGACAAGAUCGUGAAUAAGCAUUGACAUAAAUCAUUUUGAGAUCCUACAAUUGACAAGAUUACUAACUAAAAUUAUUAACGACUCUAAGAGCAUUGUUUUUCAAUGCUUAUCGAUUAUCGCUAUAAGUUACAUUUAAUUAUACAUUAUUUACAACGUCAUUCUUUACUAUAGUUCGCAAAGCUCUCGAGUCCAACAUAUGAGACAUGAGUUUCGUUAUUCAGUCAACAAUAUAAAUAGUAAUGAAUAAUAAAUAAUAAUAUCAAUAAACAAAAAAAAAUGAUUCAAAAUAUCAUUGAUCGACGUCGGAAGGCGUUGGUUUAUUUUAUUAAUUUUUAACAAAAUUUCUAUGAUAUAUUCAUGUCCAAAUAAACAAGCUAUUGAAACGUUGCAUAUGAAUAUUCAUAAGUAAAUAAAACUCCGCCAUAAAUUAAAAGUGCAAUACGUUUGUUUAUGUUAAAAUAAAUAGUGAAGUAUCAAACAACAUAAUGAAAGUCAAUUAACACAUCUAA